AUGCCUUCAUUUCCACUUCCAGGAAGCAGGGCGGAGCUGUUGCAACGCCAGGCAAGUUACGCAGAGGCCGAGCUGCUCUGUCAGGCGGUGGAGCGCAAGACUCUGGCGCCUGAGCAUCUACAUUUUGGCUACGACGCUGACACCCGGCCUUUGUUGAGCAUGUAUUUGUCCUCCGGAUUUCUUACCUCGACCACAUCCUGUCUUCUGCAACCUAACGCUACAUUCCAGGGCAAGUAUAAGGAAGUAGACUCUCUAUAUGUACGAGCGGCCGCCAUCAAUGAGGCAGCCCUUGGCCCACAACACCCACGAGUGGCUGUGGACCUAAACAACCAGGCGGGGUUGUUGUACCGGCAGGGGAUGUAUAACGAGGCGGAGCCGCUGUUCAAGGGCUCGCUUGCUGUAUUUGAGAAGGUUUGUGGUCCUGACCACCCUGAGGUCGCCACAAGCUUACACAACUGGGCGCGGGUGUUAGAGAGCCAGGGCAAACACAACGAGGCGAUUCCACUUCUGGAGACGGCGUACUCCAUCCGAAGGACAAGGAUGUGGAAGCAUCACCAGUACACGACCGACACUCAGACCGGCCUAGAGCGUGUUCGACAACAUGUCCGUGAACAGGAUUCUAAUUACUAG